GAGGGGAGAAAGAAGGCGGGCCAUCAUCUGUCCCAGCUGGGGAAGCCCAGAGAGCCACCCGGCCCGCCCUGGAGCAGCUGGAGGAGGAGGAGGAGGAAGAGGAAGAAGAAGGGGUUGGGUGUUUCCUGUGCAAGGGAGAGCUGAUAUCACACACAGACACGCGCAAAGGCACACACACACAGAGAGAGACAGACACGCGCAGCAGGCUCUUUCUCCGGCGCCUGGGUGGGACUCGGCUCUUUGCAGCAGCAGAUUUCGCCUUCCCUGGAGAACCUCCAUCCUCGCUGCUCCAGCCAUUGAUUGAGGGCUCGCUUUCCUGCUUCCCAGGUCGCCCAGCUGCCCAUCCCCACAUCUGGAUCCCGGAGGGGGAGGAAGACAAGAAGGAGGAAAUAGGAGGAGGAGGAAGAAGAGGAGAAGAAGCGCGGUGGGCGUCGACCGCUUCCUUCCCGGUUUCUCUUCCACUGAACGGCUUCCGAGUGUUGAUCCUGCCCUCUGCUCAAGAUCGCACCGCUGCCUCUGAGAUCUGCAAUAGAGUAUUUGAAGAAGCAGAAAAAGCAGCAAGCGCAUAGAGAGGAAGACGGCUCCGAUGGCCAGCAACAACACCACCAGCAUAGCCCAAGCCAGGAAACUGGUAGAACAGCUCAAAAUGGAGGCCAAUAUCGACAGAAUAAAGGUGUCCAAAGCAGCCGCAGACUUGAUGGCCUACUGCGAAGCUCAUGCCAAGGAGGACCCGUUAUUGACUCCGGUCCCGGCUUCAGAAAACCCAUUUAGAGAGAAGAAGUUCUUCUGCGCCAUCCUGUAAGCCUCAUGGAGGCCUGGCUCCCAUUUGGGCUACCCUGGACACUGAUGUAGAGAUUUUUCAGCACUGUGGACAUGUUUCCGGAGUCCACUCAAUUGAAAACAAAACAAAACAAAAAAAGUAAUCCAACAGCCUGGAAGUUUACAGGGAAAGUUAGUGCAUGAUCCAAAAGCGAAUUGUCUGCCUUCUUUGGAGAAGGCAUUGAUGAUGUUGAUGUUGACCUACGUCAUCACGAGGUGAAAGAUCUUGACAUCUUGCAGAGUUGCCUGGAGCGGGAGGGGGAAAAUGUGUAACAGAGUCGGUUUCAUGUCCCAUUUGCUCUUGCCAAACAAACCCCUUUUGUUUCUCUCUUCUUUUUCCAAAAAAAAAAAAAAGGAUUAAAAUUUAAAAAAAUUAAAAAGAGGGGUCGCGGAGCAAAGCUGCAAAUGAUGCAAACGUGUGUGUGUGUGUGUAUGUUUGUAGCCGUAUGAAUUUUCUACCCUCUUGCUUUCCCCUACAUGUCACUUUUAUUUAUGUUGAAUUGUAAAAUAAUCAUUGCGACAAGUUAGAUUUAUUAAGACGUUUCUUAAUGUGGGGUCUUUUGUGUGUAUUUAGCAUUUCAGAGUUCGUGCCACACAAGGGCAGGGAGUGUGGGGUGGGGACGGGGGAAAUCUGCAACCAUGGCAGCCUAAUCAGCAACCCUUUCGGAUGGCAGAUUUAGCUGAGAAUGGGUCCUAGCUUUGAACGGCCCAAGGAGGCCGACUUGUACGUUCCUAGUAUACUUCGUACCUCUGUUUUCUAACAUUUGUAUUCAGUAGCUUUUGUUCUGCAAGUAAACUGUAUGUUGUGAUGGG